AUGGCUGAAGUCUCUCCUUCCUCCGUUCAGCUCAUCGCCGGUAACGGCGACAUCAAUGUGGACGAUCUUGACAACUUCGUCCGUGCCACCAACCUCCCUGAUCGUGGCCUCUCCUACACCGUCGUCGCCAUCAUGGGCCCAAAAAGUACUGGGAAGAGUACCUUAAUGAACAAUCUUUUUGAUACAAACUUCAAAGAGUUGGAUGCAUUUGAAGGAAGGAGUCAGACAACUAAGGGAAUUUGGAUAGAUAAGUGUGAGUCUAGGCCUGGCCAUUCUCUAAGUCGGUGCCAUGAUAUCGGUCGGAAGCAGGCUUCCAAUAGACCUCUUCUUAAAACAGUUUUUCAGGUCAUGAUGCGUUUAUUUAGCCCACGUAAAACAACUCUUCUAUUUGUUGUGCGUUUCUCCUUGCAGACCCCGCUUGAAAAACUAGAGUCUUAUUUAAGAGAAGAUAUGAAGAAGAUUUGGGAAGCAGUUCCUAAACCCCAGGACCAUGAAAGUGCUCCUCUCAGUGAGUUUUUUAAUGUAAUCACUGCUUUAUCUAGCUAUGAAGAGAAGGAGGAGGAGUUUAAAGAGCAGGUUGCUGAACUGCGGCAGCGGUUUUUCCAUUCCAUCUCUCCAGGAGGACUAGCCGGUGAUAGACAGGGAGUUGUUCCUGCCUCAGGAUUUUCCUUUAGUGUACAGCAGAUAUGGAAACUUAUAAAAGAAAACAAGGACCUGGAUCUUCCUGCUCUUAAGGUGUUGGUUGCCACUUUUCGGUGUGGGGAAAUUGCCAAUGAGAAGCUCCGUCUUUUGUCAGCUGAUGAGGGUUGGUUGGCUUUGGAGGAAGCUAUUCAAGUGGGUCCUGUCCCAGGAUUUGGUAAAAAGCUUAGCUCCGUUCUGGAUACCUAUCUUUCAGAUUAUGAUGAUAAAGUUGUAAGAACCCGAAAACGACAAGAUUUGGUGUCAAAAGCAAUUUAUAUUUUCCACCCUGCGUAUAAUCUCAUGUUGGGUCAUCUACAUUCUGAAGUGUUUGAUAGUUUUAAGAUCAGCUUGGAACAAUUACCAAACGAAGGGGAAGGUUUUGCUGCUGCUGUUCGCACUUGUCUUCAAUCUUGUGUGGUGGAGUUUGACCAAGGAUGUGCUGAUGCUACUGUAAGAUAGACUAAUUGGGAUGCUUCAAAAGCCUAGGGAAAACUUCGUUGUGAUGUCUAUGCACAUGCAUCAUUGGUUUGCCGUGCCAAGCUGUCUGAAAUCAAAGCUAACUAUGAGGAAAAACUCGCUGCAGCACUUACUGAACCUUUGAAAUAUCUCUACCCCUAUGUCUCAUGUUUUACUUGGAGAGGAAGCCUUGAUUUGCUGUUCAUGUUGUCCGGAGUAAUUGUGGAUAUUUUCAUUGAUACAACUUUUUUAAUUUGUCCGUUGAUAUCACUGAAUUCCGGUCAAACAAGGAUUUUGGAGAAACUUGAACAAUGGCGUGUUCAACUUGUUUUGCCCGAUGAUUCUUGUGUUUAA